GUCAGUAACGACAUUAACAAGAUGGGCCGACUUGUAGCGUGUCAGGUCGUGAUCGUUGUGUGUUUACUGUCACACGUUGCCUGUGAUAUUGUCAGAGAUUUUAAAUGGCGAUCAUGUGGAGGGUUGAGCAUCGAAUUUAUCGAAAUAUCGCAGCCCACUCCCGACGAGAUCCGCGUGGGCGUAAACCUUCAGUUUCUACACGCCAGUCCAGCAGUCUCCAUACGUGUCGAUCUCCACCGAUCGGUUUAUCUUGGGAUGUUCAAUACUGUAGAUGUGAAGGUGCCUUGUAAUAACAACCUCUUUGGUUCGUGUUCCUAUGAAAUCUGUGAACUUGUCGAGAGGAUGACCGGUGGAGGCUGCGAAUCAGAUCAGAACACCACAUGUUCGUGUUUCUCGUCAUCGCACAUAUUCAACACAGAGUUUACAGUAAAGUUGUUUUCUCCGACAGUUUCGGUCCUGGAAACAGGCAACUAUGAAUCGACUUUUCUGUUCUACGACGACGUCGAUAGAGAGGUGGCUUGCCUGCGGUUCAAGUUUAGCCUCGUUUUCUAGGUGGUUCGGUGAAAUAGCACGUGCAGUGUUUCAGAAGACGUCACUAAGCAUUACGUCAUGUGAUUAAUUAUUCAUAAAACGUUUGAUUCGGACAAACAAAGUAGUAAAUACAAAAUACCUGCUUAAAAACA